AUGCAUCGUCCUCUGUUUAUGCCUAUCGUUGGUGCAUUAGAGAGAAGGUACGAGUUUUUCAGAAUCAGGGAGGAUGCGGCUGGCAAACCCGGACACACGCCAUUACAGAAGUGUACGGCCGCAAUCAGGCAACUGGCGUACGGAGGCCCGGCCGACAUGUUCGACGAGUACCUCCACAUUGGGGAGUCUUCAGCCGUCGAGUGUCCGUUGGAGUUUUGCGCGGGCGUUAGAGCGAUAUUCGGGGAUCAGUAUCUUCGGCGUCCGAGCCCCGAAGACUGCCAGCGGCUGAUUAAUAUGCACGGGUCGGUGCACGGGUUCCCUGGGAUGUUGGGCAGCAUCGAUUGUAUGCAUUGGGAGUGGAGGAACUGCCUCGCCGCCUGGAAGGGGAUACACACUUCCGGCUUCAAAGCCAAGCAUCCCACGUUGAUCCUUGAAGCUGUAGCUGACUACCGGCUAUGGAUAUGGAAAUAG